AUGGUGACCGUUGCAGUGUAGUUAGUGCUCGAUAAUUACAUUUAUAUAAUUGAAUGUACAUUAAAAAUUGUACAUAAAUGUAUUAUAUUUUGUGCCAGUUUUUCUAUUGUGUGUAUGGGCUAGAAGUUUACAUCAGGAAAACCAGAAUGCACCACGACCGACGUUCGAUGAACACAAUAAAGAUCAUUGGAAGAUGCAGGCGCAGUGGAUUUUAAAAAAUAAGGUAUCCAGUACGUUAAAUAAGAAGAUCGCGAAGAACGUUAUCCUGUUCUUAGGCGACGGCAUGAGUAUCACCACGCUGGCCGCCACACGAGUGUACCUCGGGCAGAAGUAUGGCCACAUGGGGGAGGAGUUGAAGUUGAGCUUCGAAGGCUUCCCCUAUACAGGAUUAGCAAAGACCUAUUGCGUCGACAACAAUGUAGCAGACUCGGCGUGCAGCGGUACCGCUUAUCUAACAGGCGUGAAGGCCAACAGUGGGACUGUGGGCUUGAGUGCUGCAGUCAAGCGAGGGGACUGUGAUGGACAAAGGCUGGGAGUACAUGCAGUCACUGGGCUGAUAGACUGGGCGCAAAGUGCAGGGAAAGCUACUGGAGUGGUAACAACAACUCGAGUGACGCACGCCACCCCGGCCGCAUCUUACGCACACUCAGCUGACCGGCGCUGGGAGGCAGAUACCGACCUGCCGCCUGAGAGCCGCUGCGAGGAUAUAGCACUGCAGCUAAUUAGAGGACGAGUGGGCAGCCAGAUUGAUGUUGUAAUGGGUGGUGGAAGAAAAAACUUUUUGUCUCGUACAUUGAAAGACUCUCAAGGAAAUCCGGGAUAUAGAACUGAUAGCUUGGACUUGAUUAAAGAAUGGCAGGUGAAUAAAAAGUCGCGCGGCAGAACUCCAAAGUACAUGUAUAAUAGAACACAAUUAUUGACGCUUGAUUUCAAAGCUUAUGAUAGUGUGUUGGGUCUUUUCGCAAGCGAUCAUUUACCUUACCAUCUGGAGGCGGCUGAAGAUGUACCAGUACUUAGUGAAAUGACUCAAAGAGCUAUACAAAUGUUGUCAGCUAAUAAAAAUGGUUUCUUCCUGUUUGUUGAAGGUGGACGAAUUGACACUGCACAUCAUGAGACAAAGGCUCGUAAGGCGUUGGACGAGACAGCGGAAUUAGCCAAGGCUGUUGAGGCCGCCAUCAAGAUGGUGAAUCCAGAAGAGACCCUGAUCAUCGUGACGUCAGACCACAGUCAUACUAUGACGUAUAGUGGAUACAGCAAGCGAGGGACAGACAUAUUAGGAUUUACUAAUAGAUUGAAUGCAUCUGACAAUUUGCCGUACACGACGCUGAGCUACGCCAACGGACCGGGCUACAAGCCUCACGAGAAGUUUCAGAGACAUAAUCUUAUGAUGGACGAUAUGAAUAACCCUGACUUCACGUACCCAUCUCUGGUGCCGAUAUCUCGAGAGACGCAUGGCGGCGAGGACGUGGCGGUGUUCGCUAAGGGACCCUGGUCACAUCUCUUCACUGGGAACUACGAACAGAACUUUAUACCACAUGCGAUCGCAUUUGCCGCCUGUAUCGGUCCCGGUUAUACUUCUUGUAAAUUAUGAGUUCCGAGUUACGUGUCUGAGUUCCGAGUUCUGAAUCUGAGAUCUAUCACUCAGUCU